GAAGGGCUCCAGAGCUGAUGAACCCCAAACAGACUGAGCCAGGACAACCCGUACCUUCUGUACUCGAUAUAUUUUAUCUAAUUUAUAAAUAACGUAAUCCCAAGGGUUAGGUUGUUAAUUUGGUGAUAAGGUCUCCUUCACAGCUUGCACAGUCACGCCCGCGUCCCAGAUAGAUAAGCCGACGGAACCGACCACCACGUCACAAGAAUUACUUCGGCGUAUUUUUUAGUAUUUUGCAACCACAAUGGCAAGAUCAGAAUUCAACUAUAGCGCUCCAUUUACGGUUACUGAAGAAAUGAAGGAAUCAUUUGAUGAAAAAGGCUAUGUCCUUAUAAGGGGCCUGUUGGAGAAGGACGAACUACACAAAAUAAAAUCAGCAUUGGAAGAGAGUGAAGAAAUCCAAGGAAACUCCUUUAUUACUGAUGACAAUGAAGGGAGAAAAAGCCGAGUAACAAUCUGGUGUCAACCCGGAAAUGACGUCACAGGAAUGCUGUCUCGAAGUCAAAGAGUUGCGGGAACCUCCGCCGAACUGCUUGGGGGAGAGGUGUAUCACUACCAUUCUAAACUGAUGAUGAAGGAGGCCCGGACUGGCGGACGAUUUGUGUGGCAUCAGGAUUACGGGUAUUGGUACAAGAACGGUAUCCUGUAUCCUGACAUGAUGAGUGUGUUUGUUGCCAUCGACAAGUGUGAGAAGGCUAACGGAUGUCUACAGAUUCUGGAAGGUUCUCACAAAUGCGGUCGUAUUGAACACGGCAGGGUCGGAGGUCAGACAGGGGCCGACAUCGACAGGGUGGAACAGCUGAAAACGAGACUGCCUCUCAAAUAUGUGGAGUUGAAUCCAGGUGACGGCAUCUUCUUUCACUGCAACGUUCUCCACACCAGUUGCGCCAACGUGAGCGACAACAGACGCUGGGUGUUCAUUGCCUGCUACAACAAAGCCAGCAAUGACCCCGUUAUUGAGCACCACUUCCCUCGUUAUAACAAGCUGGAUAUCGUGAACGACAACGCCAUCCGUGAGUGCACCAAUUUCUCCGACAUGGAUGGCAAAGCGUUCAUGGAUCCUGCCGCCAACAAGACGAUCCAGGCUUCCAGAGGGUAGGGAUUUCCCUGACGUUGCCUCACCGCUGAUUCGUGACUGCUUCAUUGCUGCUUCAUGACGUGUCUGCUGCUGCGUCAUUGCUGCUUCAUGUGUUUAAUGAAUAAAGUUAUUGAUACAUUGCAA